AUGGCGCAGAACGACGACACCCGAGGCGUGUCAGCCCCACUGUCGACCGAUCCGCCAACCGAGCGCGACCUUAAGUUGAGUGGAGAGCUGAUCCAAGAGCUCAAGGCGCAGAACAACUUUGAAGCGCCGGAGCAGACCCAGAAGAGGGAGCGCGUACUAGUCAAGCUCGAGGGCCUGCUCAAACAGCUGGUGCAAAUGGUGGGCAAGAGCAAGGGACUUCCGGAUGAGAUCAUGAAAGAGGCGGGUGGGAGAAUCUUCACAUAUGGCAGCUAUCGACUUAAGGUCUUUGGUCCUGGCUCGGAUAUCGAUGCUCUCAUGAUCGCCCCGAGACAUGUCACACGAGAGGACUUCUUCAAGCACAUGCCCGACAUGAUCCGCAAGACCACCCCGCCUGAUCAGCUCACCGAGCUCGUACCUGUCGAGGCCUCCAGUGUACCCAUCAUCAAAACCGAGAUUGAAGGUGUGGCUGUCGAUCUCAUCUUCUCAACAUUGCACAUCGCCUCGGUGCCGAAGGACCUUCAGUUGACCGACAACAAUCUCCUGCGAGGUCUGAGCGAGACGGACAUGAAGUGUGUGAAUGGUACACGAGUCACGGAUCGGCUACUGCAAUUGGUACCCGAGACCAAGACAUUCCGCCUCGCACUCCGGGCCAUCAAGCUUUGGGCGCAAAGACGUGGAGUCUACGGCAACGUGUAUGGUUUCCCAGGCGGAGUUGCAUAUGCCAUGAUGGUCGUACGCAUGUGCCAGCUGUACCCAAGAGCUGCUGCUCCUGUUAUCGUCAACAAGUUCUUCAUGGUCAUGGGCAAAUGGCGCUGGCCGGAUCCCGUCACACUGUGCAAGCGUGAAGCUGCUCCAGACCUGGGAGUGACCCCGCCACAAUGGGGAGAGCAGACCAAAGACAGAUUUGACCUCAUGCCCAUCAUCACUCCAGCAUUCCCCUGCAUGAACGCCACGGCAGGCCUGACGAAUUCCAACCGACAGGUCAUACUCCGAGAGUUCAAGCGCGGCCUCGAGAUUACGAACGACAUUCACGCUGGUAAAAAGGAGUGGAAAGCUCUGUUCGCCCGACAAACAUUCUUUACGGAAGAUUACAAACAUUAUUUGUGUCUCGUCACGGGCUCACGCACUUUGGAAGCGCAGCAGGCAUGGUCGGGCUUCAUUUCCUCUAGGUUGCGCAGACUCGUUUCCGGCAUCGAGAUGCACUCGAACACGGCUGCGGUCAAGCUGAUUCAUCCAUUCAACAAAGGAUUUGAAGCUGUCCACGAAUGCAAGACUGAGGAUGAGCUUGAGCAGGUCAAACAAGGCAGUCUGCUGUUCCAGGUGGCCAAGACGAAGACUGUCGAUGAGUCCGGUGAUGUCAAAGUCGCGGCAGCUGCACAGGGCAGCGCCGAUGCUAUUGCUCAGGCGGCAUCUGACGCGACCUCGAAUGAUACAACCAAGAAAGACGGGCCCCUCAUGUACCACACCACUCGAUACUUCCUAGGCAUUGAGCUUGAACCAGGCAAAAAUGAACUGGACAUCUCUGAGCCCAUCACCACAUUCCGGAACGGCUGCAAACAAUGGAACGUCUUUGAUGAGAGCAUUCAUUCUAUUACCAUCAAGCAUGUUCGAAACCACAUGCUUCCCGACGACGUUUUCGUCGAUGGCGAGAAGAGGCCGACUAAGAAGAAGAGCAAGAAGGCAAAGGAUGCAGCGUCCGCCGCCGAAGCUCUGCCCGCGCAUAAGAAGCGUACUGUUGCAAAUGCGGGCCUGGACGAGAACCAGGAUCCAGCUAAGCGCCGCCAGUCUGGAAUCGCGGACCCCAAAACGAAUGGCAUGACCAACGGCAACGGUUGA